AUGCCUCGCUCAAUCGCCUCCGAUCUCAACAGACCUCCUUCGCGAAUCCAGCUCCCCGAUGAACACAAUGACCCUUUUCAUCUCCGGACCGCUCCUCCAUCACCAUCUGCCUACCGUCGAGGCUAUGGAUUGGUACCUGAGGAACCCCACUCGGGGUAUCAGUCCUUAAGGGAAUUCGGAGAGACGAGUAGUCUUCUGGGGAAAUCGCAGGAUAACCCUACCGGAUCUCGAGGUCGUUCGUAUGCCACGAUUAACGACAGACAUAACCUAGCGGCAGGGAGUCUGCGCCGCUCGAGACAUCACAGUCGCGCGAACUCGCAGGUUCCCCGUUUUGCCAGUCGACGGGCUAGUAUGGAUACAGAGCGCCCGGAAAGUGUGGCACCAUCGCUCAAGGACCCAUUGACGGCGUCGUUUCUGGACCAGCGGGCCUGGUACGAUCAGUUUACGUCUACCGACUGGGUUCAUGAUAGCAUUGCCGACAAUGCUCGUCUCCGCCAACUGCGACAAAGGAAAGAUAUCCGUGGUCGGCUUCUGGCUCGUGUUGAUGGUGCUCAGGGAUGGAUAUUGGUCGCGGUUAUCGGCUGCAUCACGGCAGCUAUUGCGUAUUUCGUGGAUAUAUCGGAUGGGUUCGUUUUUGAUCUCAAGGAAGGGUUUUGCACGACAAGGUGGUUUCACAGUCGGAGCAGUUGCUGUCGCGGGAACAUGGACUGCAAUGAAUGGUAUUCCUGGUCGUCCAUCAUGAGUCCUGCGCGUCGGAACAACGAGUGGGUGAAUUUCGGCAUGUUUGUUCUCUGGGUGGUGGUUUUGUCGGUCGUCUCGUGCUCUUUGACUUUGCUGACCAAGACGGUCGUGCCGUCCACUGUGUCGCUGGCAACCCUUGAUGAGAAUCUCGGGGCAGACUCGUCGCGUGGCAGGAGGUCAGACAUAGGCAGCCACAGCCCCGAGUCGUCGUCAAGUCUUUGCGCUCUUCCGUCUGUUCCUCCAUCACGUCCAGCCAAGGUCUACUAUCCGGCUGCAGGGAGUGGCGUGGCAGAAGUAAAGGUCAUCAACAGUGGAUUCGUUUUACAUGGCUACCUAGGACUCAAGACCCUGGUUGUCAAGACCGUUGCUCUUAUCUUCAGUGUUUCGUCCGGCUUGAGUCUGGGCAAAGAAGGCCCUUACGUGCAUAUCGGCACCUGUGUUGGAAAUAUCUGCUGCCGGAUGUUCUCCAAGUACAACCUCAAUGACGGUAAACGUCGUGAGGUCUUGAGUGCCGCCGCAGCUAGUGGUGUGGCAGUGGCCUUUGGUGCACCAAUUGGUGGCGUUUUAUUCAGCUUGGAGGAGGUCAGCUACUACUUUCCUCCCAAGACCCUGUUCCGGACGUUCUUCUGUUGUAUCGCUGCUGCCCUGUCGCUCAAGUUUUUGAAUCCAUAUGGAACGGGGAAGAUCGUCUUGUUCGAGGUCCGUUAUCUGAGCGACUGGCAAAUCUUUGAGAUGAUCCUCUUCAUUUUCCUUGGUAUUCUCGGAGGUGCUGCCGGUGCGUUGUUCAUCAAGGCCUCCAAUCUGUGGGCCAAGUCGUUCCGCCGGAUUCCUGCCAUUAAGCGCUGGCCUAUGCUUGAGGUCGUCCUGGUUGCAGUGUUGACAGGAGUAGUCAGCUUCUGGAAUAGAUACACCAAGCUGCCCGUUUCUGAACUCUUGUUCGAACUGGCACGACCAUGCGAUGACCCUGAAACGGAAAUUGCCACAGGGUUGUGUCCUCGUUCGGAGGGCAUCGGCGAGAUAAUCCGUUACCUUUCCGUGGCGUUCGUCAUCAAGAGUCUUCUGACCAUUGUGACCUUUGGUAUCAAAGUUCCGGCUGGUAUCUAUGUGCCGUCCAUGGUUGUGGGUGGUUUAAUGGGACGCAUCGUUGGCCAUAUGGUUCAGUACAUGGCUGUGGAGUACCCCGAUUACCUGCCCUUUGCCGCUUGUCCUGCCUACACUGGCAUGGAGUCCUGUGUGACUCCUGGUGUGUAUGCGUUGGUUGCAGCUGGGGCUACGAUGUGCGGUGUUACCCGUCUUUCCGUGACUUUGCCUGUCAUUUUAUUUGAAUUGACAGGAAGUUUGAACCACGUCAUGCCAUUUUCCGUGGCGGUUCUCUGCGCGAAGUGGACUGCUGAUGCUAUUGAGCCUCGCAGCAUUUACGAUCUGCUAACGGACAUGAACUCCUACCCAUUCCUCGAUAACAAACUACAAACCCUGUCCGACGCCGAGCUAGGAGAUAUCGUCCGACCAGUACGAAACAACCGUAUCAUCGACAUCUCCAGUUCACCAUGGGUACCAGCCACGGAGCUCCGCGCGAAACUCGAGAAUCUCCUUAUGGCUGGCGAGCUGGAUAGUGGUCUGCCCAUCCUUCGACACGGCGUGUUGGCUGGAUUGAUUCCCGCGCCGGAUCUUGAGUAUGCUCUUGAUAAUGUGGUGGAUGAGGAGAAUGCACUGUGUUUGAUGACUAUGGAUGCUUCCUCGUUCGGUGGUUCGGAUGAUGAGGAUGAUGGCACGGCUGAUCGGGUUGAUUUUACCAGAUAUAUUGAUCCGGCCCCAAUUUCUCUCGACAUCCAUUCGCCUAUAGACCUCGUUUAUCAAUGUUUCGCUAAGUUGGGCUUGCGGUAUCUGUGCGUCCUCCAGAACGGACUGUACGCAGGCCUGGUACAUAAGAAAGCGUUUGUGAAGUUUCUCAAAGAAAACGAAUGA